AUGUCAAAGCUCUUGAAGCUGAUCCCGGAGGGCGAGACGCCUGAGAAUCGCGCAUUACACCUCACGCGCCGCGAAGCGAGCAAGAAAGCUCUGCGCGCCCAUCAAGAACACGUCCGCCUGGGAGUAGAGGCAGAAAUCCAGACUGUAGAAGAUGCGUUGGAAGACUUGUCGGCAAAGGACGGCGUGACACAAGUUGAACUCCAAGGCGCUCGGGACGAGCUCGCUUCCCUCCGCGGCCAUCGAGAAGGCAUCAUUCCCACAACUUGCAACGUAGUCCGCACGAUCACAGACGCUGGAGAGAAAGGCAUCAUGUAUUGUGCUCUCUCGGAGGACGAGCAGGUCGCCUUCUGGGAUGCGCGCUGGACUGAAGAUGUCUUUGUCAGCUAUCUGUGGGAGUUCUCCGGGUCUUGCACUUUGGACGCGGCAGUGGAGCUUGGUCGCGCCGAAGCAGCACUGGAAACUGUCCCGACGCUCAGAGACGGUAUCACUCAAGUCGAAUGGGAUGACGCCGUACUGCGUAGCACGUACAGCAAGAGGUUCGUAUGGCUGGCGGACCUCGUGUCCCAGUAUAUCCUACCUCUGAAGGCGACAGCAGUGUGUCUGAGCUCGGCGACCAAGUCUCUCGUUCGAAGCUCGCUUGACUUCCCCGACAACAAGGCUCUCGCGUAUGCAGAGUUUAAGCGCGCUGAUUCGAUCCUCUACCCUCCAGAACACGUCCCCGAAGAACGCAACACCGCGUACGCCGAGUACAGGCGCGCGGAUAAAGACCUCGACAUUGUCGCUGGCGACUUCCAGACACUAUAG